AUGUCUGAUAGUAUGUCGACUAUGCCAUUACUUGAGAAGAAUCGUUAGAGUUCUUCAGAGAAUAUUCCUUCAAUAAACUACACAAAAGGUGAUAUUGAGAAUCAGCAAUUAAAGUAAAGUGUUGAAUCAAUUGCAGAAAGUAACAUCUCUUCUUUGACUAAAAGUAAGGUAUUGAACUACGAAAACCCAAUUGAAAGAUACAAUAAAGUGAUAAAUGAAUACAAUAAUGAAAUAAAUUAAAUUGAUGGAAUUACUUUGCAGAAACUGAAAGAUUCAUUCUUAGUUGGAUGGUUUAAUAAAAUCUUUACAAAACCUUCUUCAAGAUGGAUUAUUGCUAUAUUUUUCUUGGUUGCAAGUGGACUAAAUGUAUUGCUUUUCUUAUUGUUUUUAGUUACUUUUUGUAUCUAUUUAUCAAAUUACAGUAUCCAUUCUAAAAAUGAAUCUAAAAUUCCUGAUCCUUUUUUGAAAAUGAUUUAUUGUGAAGAAAUGUGUGAAUAAUUGAAUGUGAGCUGGUACUAUUUUAAACUAAAUGUCGAAGAAAUGAAUAACUUCUCAUUUAAUUUUGAUACUAUGAAAUAUAUUAAGGAUAGAAUUAAAGAUUCUAUUGUAGAAUUUAUGGUAUAUGAUAUUAGAUUUUACGAAAAUUAUACUUCUUUCCUUAAAGUAAAAGGAAGGUUCAUAAGAUGGAUGUUCGUUGCAUUACUUUUAAUAGGCAUAAAUGCAGCAAUAGUAGUGCUUUUAUACGACAUCGUUAUUGACAAAAAUCUUUGA